CGCGGCAUUGCUCGUGUAGAGCACUGACGAACGACACCUUUGAAUGUUCAGGAUGCGCAGUCCUUCGGUGCUUCUGUGCGCUGUGGUGCUGGGGAUCGUCGCACAUGAUUCUGCCAGCUACUGCCCUCGACCCAGCGACCCCACGAGUGCGCUGUACGAUCUUAAUCGCCAACUACCCCGCUUCAUGUCGAGAGAACUACAGCAGGUGCCCGAUACAUGGCUACGUUGCCUUGGAUCGAUCAAUCUAGACGCCCUCAGUGGCGCUCUGAUUGCUACAGCUCUGGCACAGCCCUCGUGCCUGGCAACGCUCGCGAUCGCAGAAAACUGGUUCAGGGACAUCAGUCCAAUGAUGUCUCGGACCAUGCCCUCGACUGUUGGUGCAUGGCCUGCGGUGACAAACUCGGACGUUGAAAAUUUAUGCCAGCCCAUGAUCAAUGUGGUUCUGCCGUGUCUGGCCAAUGGCAUUUUCCCGCAGGUGAUGAACCAAGUGCGAGCAAAUCCAUGCUGCGCCGAUGCGCUGACGAACGGCACUGCCGUGCUCGGCAUCAGCCCCGAUUUGUUUGUGUUGAAGGUGCUCAACUACACGACAGACGUCGUGUGCGCCACUCAAACGCCGGGCUACGAUGGAACGACGAACCAAACGUGUGGCUACGCGUGGUUCAAAUCGUUCACAGCAACCGAUCCAGUGGGCAACUCGAGCCAGAUCGUCGAGCGCCUCAUCUCGUCCGUGCAGGUUCCCAACGACCAAGGGUGUGCUGCCGUGAAAGGCGACCCGUUUGUUGCGACGACAGGUGCUUUCAUUGCCCAACUCUUUGGGAAGCCCUUCGUUCCAGAUGCAUGUGUCAACCCCGUCGACAACUUAUUGCGGUAUGUGCGGUUGAUUCCAGGCCUCGUAUCGGUGUCCUGGGAAGGGUUUCGGCCCCUCGAUGCGUUGGAAAAAGGAAAAUGCGCGAGAGAGGCGUCGAUGCCUGGGAUAUGCGUCCACUUGGCCAAUGGCGAGUAUGGCUCCUGCCCCUUUGCGUCGUCAUGGAAAAGCGCAGUAUUUCCAGGUGAAGGCACCAAGCUUGUGGUGGCGUCGUCUACGUCCAACGACAUGGCACCGAUGACCGCAUUGGCUAUCGCGGUUGCUAUCACUCGCCCCUGGUAGAUCCUGCGGCACCACUUUCCUCGAGAGUGCAUUCAACAUUUAUAUAUCUCUAUGUCGAAAUGUGACAUCUCAUAAUGAGCACGUCGCAAGACAUUCUGCUCAUGCUUUGUAUCAAG